AUGCGUCCCUUAUCAGAAACCGAGAUGAAGACCAUGUUCGAGAAGCUGGCGAACUACACCGGCGCAUCUCUGAACCAGCUCAUUGCCCCAACCUCCGAAGAUGGUACUGAAGGGGAGAGGAUGGUUUUCCGUCUGCAAGGAUCCCGAGUCUACUACGCCCCCCUGGCCCUCGUCAACUAUGCGACGUCCAUCCCCCGUGACCAGCUGCUUUGCAUCGGCACUCAGAUUGGCAAAUUCUCCAAGACUGGCCGAUUCUUCCUGAACAUCACUUCGCUGUCUGUAAUUGAGAAGCACGCCCGGUUCAAGGCCUGGCUCAAGCCCAACGGUGUGCAGCCGUUCCUCUACGGAGGUUCCGUUGUGCGCGCCCACAUUGGCCGCUGGAGUGAGGAUUGCCCAGGGUCUCAGGGCAUUGUGAUUUAUGACAUGAACGAUACUCCAUUAGGAUUCGGCGUGACUACUCGCUCUACUGCUGAGGCCCGCAAGCUUGAGCCAACUGCUAUGGUUAUUGCCCGCCAGGCAGAUUGCGGCGAGUGGCUGAGAGAGGAGGACACUCUUUUCACCACCUAA